GAUAGAGGAGAACAGAAAACAGUACAGACAGCCAGAGUGCUCUACUAGUCUGAAACGCCAUCUUGAAUAGAAAGGGGGGGUUUAAACCGGGAGAAAACGGGAAAGAGUAGAUAAACCGUUAUUUUCGUCUGUGUUUCACAUCCUCUCGGGUCUCCCUGGAACAGCUUUAGUCAAAGCUUUUGGCGUUUAUUACUCAAAAUUAAGGCGCAUACGUGGGGAAAUCGGCAACGCACUUGUUAGCCUCUACCCAGCCAGCAAGGAGGAGGGGCGGAGGUUUUCAGGAUUUUUUUUUUUUCUCUCGCAGCCGAAGUUGUUUAUGUUAUUCCAAACGGACAUGUCCUCUUCAAACCAAGAGUUACCAGACCCAAAUCUGGGUAUGGGGGCAAGUGGGACCCAAGGAAGUGCCGGGGCUGUUGUACCAAAAGGGACCAACAAAAGAAGAGCUGCGCCAGACUUUGAUGAUGAUGAUGACGAUGAUGAUGGAAACAAGUUGUUCAGGUGUGACGAUGAAACAGGAGGCAAUGACAAAGAGCGCUUUGCCAGGGAGAACCACAGUGAGAUUGAGAGGCGGAGGAGGAACAAGAUGACCGCCUACAUCACAGAAUUGUCAGACAUGGUGCCCACCUGCAGUGCACUAGCACGGAAACCAGACAAACUAACCAUCCUGCGAAUGGCUGUGUCCCAUAUGAAGUCUCUGAGAGGAAGUGGCAAUACCAACUUGGAUGGGUCGUACAAACCUUCCUUUCUCACUGACCAGGAACUGAAGCACCUCAUCCUGGAGGCAGCAGACGGCUUCCUGUUCGUGGUGUCAUGCGAGACUGGCCGCAUUGUUUACGUCUCUGACUCCCUGACACCCGUCCUCAACCAGGCUCAGUCUGAAUGGCUCGGCUCCUCUCUUUAUGAUCAGCUGCACCCAGAUGACACAGAAAAGCUCAGAGAGCAGCUCUCUACUGCGGAGAAUAACAACACAGGGAGGAUGUUGGACUUGAAGACGGGAACAGUGAAGAAGGAAGGCCAACAGUCGUCAGCCAGAAUGAGUAUGGGAGCCCGUCGAUCAUUCAUCUGCAGAAUGAGAUGUGGCUCUUGUCCUGUGGAACCGUUGUCCAUGAACAGACUAAACUUCCUUAGGAAUAGAAACAGGAAUGGUUUGGGUACAGCCAAGGAAGGGGAGCCGCAGUAUGUAGUGGUCCACUGUACAGGAUACAUCAAGUCCUGGCCCCCUUCAGGAGUUUCAUUGACAGACGAUGACUCGGACAGCACUCAGGGGAGUCGCUACUGUCUGGUUGCAAUUGGGAGAUUACAGGUGACUUGUUGCCCAGGUGACACAGACAUCAACAGUAUCAGUGUUCCAGUGGAGUUCAUCUCACGGCAUAACUGCCAUGGCAUCUUCACCUUUGUAGAUCACCGCUGCACGGCCGCUGUCGGCUACCAGCCGCAGGAAUUGUUGGGGAAGAAUAUUCUGGAUCUCGCCCACGCUGAAGACCAGGGCUUACUGAGAGACGGCUUCCAACAGGUGGUGAAACGGAAGGGCCAGGUCCUGUCUGUGAUGUUUCGGUUUUGUUCCAAAUCAAGAGAAUGGAACCUGAUGAGAACCAGCUUCUUCACUUUCCAGAACCCGUUUUCAGAGGAGAUUGAGUAUAUCAUCUGCACCAAUGUCAAUGUCAAAAACUCGACUCAGGACCCCCUCAGUCCCAUCUCCUCCCCAGGGGGUUCGCUGCCCCCCUCCCUGGGUCUGGGCAGCCCAAACUGCCCUCCUGUAAUGCUCAGCCCUGGGCACGUGGCCGCCAGGCAGUUGCAGCAGCAGCAGCAGCUGGCCGAGCCAGAGGGAGGUGGAGCCAGAGACGGCAUGUAUGAGGCAGGACCAAUCACCCUCUCACAGAUGCCGGUGCAGCCAGCGACAGUGGCAGGGCCGGACCUCAGCAAGAGCCUUGAGAAGCCAGAGCUCUACCCCUCCCUUUAUCAGGGCCCAGAUCAGACCAAGGGCCUGCCCUCCACCUCCACUCCCACCACACAGAUCUACCCUGCAGCCAAUAACUUCGCUGCUGGGCGUCCCAAUGAUGCAUACAGGCAAGUCAACAUGACUCCACAGAUGGUGCAGCCAACCCACUCAGCAGGGCAGAUGCUUGCUCAGAUGUCUCGUCAGAACGGAGCCCCGCAGUCAGUUACCCCCUCCGGCACCGUCAGCCCCCUCCAUGGAGGACCAGCAGGAGGAUGGCCUGGAGCUGCAGCUGGAGUCAGACAACAAUUUAAUAACCAGCAGGUGGCUCCCCAGGCAGCAAAGAUCAUGUCGCCACAGUUUGUUCCGAUGGGAGGAUACGGCGGCGGCUCUUCCAACUCUUUUGUCCAGAUGCCUACAGGUGCUGCUCCCACGCAAACCAACAAUGCAAACUACCCGCCCAUUAAUGCACGUGCCAGCCUCAACACCAACGGUUAUGAUGGCUCUCAGUCUGGGGCGCAGUUUCCCUCUCGAGCAGCGGAGGCCGUGUGGCCCCAAUGGCAAGGCCAUCAGCACUCGCAGAAUAAUGCAGAGCAGCAUCCUCAUGCUCAGGGCAACCAACAAGACAUGUUUCCUGAUGUGUUGUCUAUGCUCGACCAGCCGGCCAACUUCAACGGCGAUGACUUUGAGAUCCCCAUCUACCCUUCGUUCGACCAGUAACUUGGUCCAUACUUGUUGUCUUGAGUGUUUUUGCCCUCACUCGUUGUUAUAUUAUACAGCCCUGAUAGCUCUUCUGCUCCUCUUUUCUUCCUGCUCCUGAGAGUAGCAUUCUUCCCUUGCUUUGCAUGGCUUACAUUGCACUGCUGCAAGCCAGGGAUAUAUCUGACUGCAGAUAUUAAGGGGAGGAAAAUCAAGGAUUUGCUACUGACUAAAAGAUAAUUAUUUUAACAGUAUCCCAGCCAUCGUAAGAGAAUUCUCUAGCUAGCGCUGCCCAAAGCUCCACAACCUAUGUUGUAGAUAUGUCAUGUAUAUAAAUAUAAAUAUAAAUAUAUAAAAACGCACAAUCACCCAACCACACUUGAAUAGACUGCACAAAAAACACUCUGGUAAAAAUACACAGGAAGUAAGCGCACACACAAACGGCCUUUUAUUCUAAUAUGUUCCUAGUUUAUCUCUGGCAUUGAUGAAGAGUGUAUUUUGCUGUUUUACCUUUUAGUAUGUAGACUAAUCAAUCCAAUCGUUGAUUUAAACUCUCAGGAAAUUGCAGGGAUAUACAGCUUUGGUGAUUUUUUGUUUUUUUAAUUCUCAGCUGUUGCACACAAACCACCAGUCUGUGCCAACCCCACUCACAGUUUGAAAUCCACAGCAUGUCUCUGCAUGUCUCUGCACCGCUUUCAUGGAGCGCUUCUACAAUGAGUAGAUUUAUACCGAGUACAGUUUUCUAUGUACAUUGGUGGCUUCACCUAUAAAUUUAAGUAUUUUGUUUAUCCUCUUAAGGAACAUGAGUUGUUUUCUUCAUUGAAUGAUGUCCUUCAACAACAGACACACAGUGUUACAAAGGCUACAUACUGUUUGUCUAGGUGCUCAUUGGAAAUGUAUACAAUCUAUUUUUCUUUGCCGACAUAAACGUAUAUACAGUAUGCAUGUGUGUAUGUAUGUUAAAUGUAUGCGUCUGGUAUCAUUAUCAACUGUAACAGUCGUUGGGUUUCUGAUUUGCUUGAUUUUCUUUCCGUCGCCCUGCGUUACCCCGUACCAAGUAUGGGCCUUUUGUACUCCAUUUGUAAAAUAAAUGUAAAGAAAAUAAAUCUCACAGCAAUAAUUAACAAGCAGGAAUUGUGUACUUUUAAAGCCAUUCUUUAUGUUGUCCUAGAUGUUUUCCUUGAUUGUUAUUUUGAAAUGGAGAAAUGUGGUAGUAUUGUUUGAUUGAAUUGAAAUGUUUCCGGAGUAUUUUAUUGUUCUUUUGAUUUGAUUUCUUGACCUCUCCAUUGCCCUUUUCUGAUUGGUAUUUAAUUAAUGGUUUGAUCAGGGUAUUCAGGAUUAAAAUGGAACGCACAGAGCUACAAACUAUCAUAUACAAGUGAGAUUGCCCAAAAAGUUUUGUCCUUUCGUUUAUGACAAACAUUUGGAUCUUUGCCAACAAGGUACAACCACCCGUGUUUUACAAUCUUUUUGUUUUUGGGUAAGUUUGUAAUGAACAUUAAAGAUAAUUAGAUUUUUUAAUAUGUGGAACUAGUUUAAAUUUGACCCUUUUUUUAUUAGUUUUCCAUGUCUGUGUGAAACACUUGAUGACAAAGUGUAUAAUUGUAUGUAAACAUGUUGAUUAUUGUCCGGUUUUCGUCUUCAAGAGGAUGGUGUGUUGGUGACUGUUGUCUUGGUUAUUGGUUGCUCUGUAUCCAGGUUGUUUCCAAUGAUGUGAACUUUUAUCACUCAUAGAAACACAAAUAUAUAUAAAUAUACUGUAUAUGAAAUGUUAAACAAGAGAAAGAAAUGUUUUUUUUUAUUAAAUUGUUGAACGUGAA